CUAGCAGCGGCUCGAGCGGAUCCAAUGAGGUGACGCCGCGUUCCGGGCCCGAGUGCUGAGAGCGAGCCGGUGAUAAGGGGAACUAAAAACUACCAAACGUGACAAUAAAGAGGUUCCAAAUCAAGGGAUAAGGUCAUUCAGGACAAACUGAUCUUAGAGCCUGGCCGGAAAAGCGCAGUCUGUUGGUAGCUCAUUCACACUUUGUUUUUUUCGCAUUUGAGGAAAGCACAUCAUGGGGGGUAGGAAGCUAGUGCCGGUUGCUCUCUUUUGCCUUGUCCUGGCUCUGCUGCCUUCUCACACAGUGACCGUAGCUGUCAUGUCAGUUGAUCUAGGCAGUGAGUGGAUGAAAAUGGCCAUAGUAAAACCUGGUGUGCCAAUGGAGAUUGUUCUCAACAAGGAGUCGAGGAGGAAAACACCCACAGUUGUUUGUCUCAAGGAAAAUGAACGACUUUUUGGAGAUGGUGCACUGGGAGUGUCUGUGAAGAAUCCCAAAACAGUUUAUAGGCACCUGCAAAGCUUGCUGGGCAAAAAGCAUGACAACCCCCAGGUGGCGCUCUAUCAGAAACGUUUCCCUGAGCACCAGCUGCAAGAGGACCCAACGAGAGGCACCGUUUGCUUUAAAAGCUCUGAAGAAAUGCAGUACAGCCCUGAGGAGCUCCUCGGGAUGGUGCUCAAUUAUUCUCGUGGACUGGCUCAGGACUUUGCAGAACAACCUAUCAAAGAUGCAGUGAUCACCGUCCCAGCCUUUUUCAAUCAGGCAGAGCGCAGGGCAGUCCUGCAGGCUGCACAGAUGGCAGGUCUGAAGGUGCUUCAGCUCAUCAAUGACAACACAGCUGUGGCCUUGAAUUAUGGGGUCUUCAGAAGAAAAGAUAUAGAUAACACAGCUAAGAAUGUGAUGUUUUAUGAUAUGGGCUCGGGCAGCACUACAGCCACCAUCGUCACUUAUCAGACAGUCAAGACCAAGGAGUCUGGCACCCAGCCCCAGCUACAGAUCCGAGGUGUUGGGUUUGACCGUGGGCUAGGGGGCUUUGAGAUGGACCUGCGACUCCGGGACCACCUGGCCAAAUUGUUCAACAACCAGAAGAAGAGCAAGAAGGAUGUGAGGGAGAACCCCCGGGCCAUGGCAAAACUCCUCAAAGAGGCUCAGAGGCUCAAAACAGUGCUCAGUGCAAAUGUAGACUUUAUGGCCCAGGUGGAAGGUUUGAUGGAUGAUAUUGACUUUAAAGCCAAGGUGACCAGGGCCGAGUUUGAAGAGCUGUGUGUUGAUCUCUUUGAAAGAGUGCCUCGCCCAGUGCAGGACGCCCUCACUGCCGCAGAAAUGAAGCUGGAUGAAAUUGAGCAGGUGAUUUUAGUAGGGGGCUCCACCCGUGUCCCCAGGGUUCAGGAAGUGCUUCUCAAAGCUGUGGGGAAAGAGGAGCUGGGGAAGAACAUCAAUGCAGAUGAGGCAGCAGCAAUGGGUGCUGUGUACCAGGCUGCUGCCCUUAGCAAAGCCUUUAAGGUCAAGCCCUUCCUGGUUCGAGAUGCAGCAGUGUUCCCCAUUCAGGUGGAGUUCAGCCGUGAGAUGGAGGAAGACGGGAUCAAAACCCUGAAACAAAACAAACGUAUCCUCUUCCAGAGGAUGGCGCCCUACCCCCAGCGCAAGGUCAUUACAUUCAACCGCUACAAUGAUGACUUUGCUUUUGACAUCAACUACGGUGACCUCAGCUUCCUCAGUCAGGAUGAACUGAGUGUGUUUGGCGCGUUGAACCUGACCACAGUCAAACUGUCUGGUGUGGGCAGCAGCUUCCAGAUGCAUGAGGAUGCCGAGUCAAAAGGCAUUAAAGCCCAUUUCAACAUGGAUGAAAGUGGAGUGCUUUUGCUGGAUCGGGUGGAGUCUGUCUUUGAAACCAAUGUGGAGGAGAAAGAAGAGGAAUCCACAUUAACUAAACUGGGUAAUACAAUUUCCACCCUGUUUGGAGGAGGAUCCUCAGAACCUGCUCCAAAUGUAACUGAACCUGUCCAGGAUGAGGAGGAAGUGCCUCCAGACUCUGGAAAGGAUGAGAAGGAUGAGAGCCAGAAGGAUGAGGUUCCAAAGGAGAAUCCGGAUGAUUCAGAGAAAAGUGCAGGUGAAGAGAAAGGCCAAGAGAAGACAGAGGAAGCAGGCAGCAAGACUGAUGCCAAGGAGGAAAAGGAUGGAGAUAAAACUAGAAGUGCUGAGCCUGACAAAGAUGCAGAGAAGAAGGCAAAACCUCAGAAGAAGAGCAAGAUCUCUGAAGAUAUCAUGGUGGAACUAGUCAUCAAGGACAUCCUCGAUCCCACUGCAGACGAAGUCACUUCCUCUAAAAAGAAGCUGCAAGAUUUGACAGACAGAGACCUGGCCAAACAGGAGAGGGAAAAGGCACUUAACAGCCUGGAAGCAUUUAUCUUUGAGACACAGGACAAGCUGUACCAGGAGGAUUACAAGCUGGUGGUGUCGGAGGAGGAGAAGGAGCAGAUCUCCACCAGGCUGAGUGAGGCGUCACAGUGGAUGGAUGACGAUGGCUACACAGCCACCACCGAGCAGCUGAAAGAGAAGCUGUCUCAGCUGAAGAGCCUGUGCAAGGACAUGUUUUUCAGAGUUGAGGAGCGCCGUAAGUGGCCGGACCGCCUGUCCGCUCUGGAUAGUAUGCUCAACACCUCCAGCUUCUUCCUGAGGAGUGCCAGACUGAUUCCAGAGGAAGACCAGAUCUUCACUGAAGUAGAACUGAAUAUGUUGGAGAAGGUGAUCAAUGAAACAAUGACGUGGAAGAAUGAGACUGUAGCAGAGCAGGAGAAACGCUCUCCAAAAGAGCGUCCGGUCCUGCUGUCCAAAGACAUAGAGUUGAAGCUGGCUCAGCUGGAUCGAGAGGUCAACUACUUGCUCAACAAGGCCAAGUUUGCCAAGCCAAAGGCUAAAGCCAAGGCCAAGAACAGCAGCAGCCCAGAUAAAAGCAGCAAGGCCAACAGUACGGCCAACGAGACGGUCAUCCCUCCCACAGAGGAGAGCACAGACCCAAAGGGUGAAAGCCCAGAGGAGGUAGGGCAGGGUGAGGCCCCGCCCACAGAGAGCAGCACCGAGAGCAGUGCCCACACAGACUCGGACAGCCAAUCACAGCCCACAGAAGGAACGACAACUACAGAACCAGCGGAGAAGGUUCAACCUGAAAAUCACAUAGAAGAUGAAUUAUAAUGGCUGGAACUGGGAAGGAAACUCAGUAUAUUUAUUGACAUUGUAUAGAUGUUCGAGCUCCAUCUCCUUACUGUUUUUGAUCCUGUUGGGCUUUUUUUUUUUUUUUUUUUAAGCCUGGAACCUGAUUUGGAUACAAACUAGACACCACUCGUCUUGUCUGCACUGUGUCUCCUUUCCUGUUGAUCUCUUAUGUGGAUUAACAAAAACAGACCGUCUGUGCUGAGGUAGACACAGGGUCCAGACAAAAUCCCUUCUCAGUUGCAGGGGUGAUCUCACCACAGCUGAUGUAGAAGGUGUAACCUGUACUUGGCCAUAUUGUAAUAAGGACAAGUGUUAUCAUUUUCUGCUUUGUCCAUGCACCAUUUCCUCACCCAUGGUUGUGUUGUUGUGAGGUUAGUAUUUGUCCUGACACCUUUUACUGACCUUUCAUGACCACUGAGUUGAGUGCACUACUUGAUGUUAGGGGGGUGUUUGGGGCUUUUUUUUUUAUUUUUCCAACAUCCACCAAAUUUAUUUUGCCAUAUAAAUUGUAGGGAUAUUUCGCCUACAUACAAUGUAUUGCCAGUUGGUUGAAUGAUAAGCAUUUUAAUCAGGUGAAUCAAAUCAUCAGUUAUAAAUCUCUCCUCAUAUCAGUCAGUGGAGCAGCAUGGGAGAGUCGCACUGUAAAUUCCAAGCAGGGCCCUUAGAGGACAAAAGUCAAACGUGGACGAGAUGAGAGAUCGAGUUGAACUACAACGUAUAAAUUAUAAAAAGGAUGGCUGAUACUGUACAUGACCAGAAGUGCUGGUAUAAAUAGGUAUCUCGUACUCGUGUGACAGACCUGGCUUAGAGGCAGACUUACUGAAGGUGUGUCCUUAAGUGAAAAGUCACUUAUAUUUAAAUUUGUUGUGUACUUACUUGAAAGUUGUUCAUCCAAUAUUACUUGCCCCUUGAAGUUUAUAUUUGUCACCACCAUUUAAUUUUUUCUAUUUAGGGUCUGAACAGAAUCAUGAUUACCUCAAAAAAGAAGCACAGGCCUGGGUCCAGCUGCUCAUUGGCUGCCCGGUGCAGACUGAGUGCUAGUUAUAAAUCUGAGUUGCCAGUGGGGCUGAUCUCGAAUGUUAAAUGCUGUUUCCAUCGAGCUAUUGACCCAGGGGGCUGAGCCAAAACGUUUAAUAAAUCGGUCCGUCUACUGAUGCUAGGGCGACCGUGGGAAGUGCAGCAGACAAGCUCCAUGUUUGACCAGUGUCACAAGCUGCUGGGCAUGGCAGAGGAGCUGGUGUAUUAGUGUCGCUCUUCUGCACAUUGACGAGCCCCGCCAUGCAGUCUUACUCCAUGUUGGCUCCAUUUUUCCUCAUCGAAACAGGAGGCGUUUGAUGGCCAUGGAUUUCACCUUUGGGUCAGGUGUGUGCUUCUGUGGUUGCAGCACUCUGGGUUAUUUGAAAAUGAAAACGCAAAAAGACUUAAUGGAAGAUGCUAUGUUGUGUUUCUAAACUGUUAAUAAAAUCCCUUUUUUGUUUU